CAAAACACAACAUACGUAAAAAAAGCUUUAGUAGGUACAAAAGUGUAGAGUAAGUUUUUAGAGAGGUGUGAAGUAUGUUUCUUACCAGAACCGUCGUUCAGGGAGUCGAUGACUUGCUGCUGAAAUACAGGAGAGGCGACAAAACAGAACCGGGCCGCACAGCGCUAUACCGCCAUUUUGAGUUCAAAAUUCCGGCACGUGACCAGGUUUCGGAUAAAUAGAAUCGAGAAGACGGGUUGAGCCAGAGCAUGGCUGCCGUUCGUGGUUUUUCUCUGGGGAAGCUAGCCAGCGUCCGCAUGAUAUUCUCCGUUUUUGACAGUAGAUCUACCUCCACAAGAGAGUUCAUGCGUAGAGUGACUGCUGCAAGAGUUCGAGAGACCAACUCCAAAUGUGACGUUACACACGAGGUCAGAGGCGACCAAACCCCGCCUACAGUGCAAGUCAGAUUUACUGAUGGAAGUGAGUUUGUGUUGGAAGGAGCUUCUCACACUGCUCUGGACAUUAUAGCAGCUAUCAACAGGAAAUCCAGAACACUCUAAUGCUCAUCGUCAUCAUGACCCAGCCAACUAGCAGCCGUAGUUGUUGCACAUAGUGACUGAGCUGAGGGUCUCGAACUUUAGUGCUUCCAUUGAUUGUGCAGAUUGAGCACCAUGCAUGUCCCAACACUUUAUUUCACCACUGAUAUGAUAUAUAGUGUGCCUGAGACAUGCAGAAAGUGAUGACUGGGCUAAGACUGCGUUGUGGGUGGAGUUUCAUGCUUUCAGUUGCUAGGUGGCAGCUUCCCAUGUUUUUUCUGGAGAGACUGGAUGGUUGCCGUGGGAAACUGGUCAGCGUGGGCCUCCAUGUACUUGAGAACGUACUCAUCUGCAUCAGUCAGAGUAAACCGGUGCUUCAGGACCUGAUGAGAGAGAGGGGUGGGGGAGUGGUUCAGUGUUGUGCGAUACUUGAAGAACACCCUCCAAAUGCUCUAUAAUGGCACUAUGUUCUGCUCCAUGCUGAAACGUUAAUGACAAUAAGGGACACCUCUGAAUAAAGCCACUUUAGAUGUCCCAAGGUUUCAUUCUGUUAUAUAGAGAUCACCUCGAUGGUAGUUCCAAUGGCAAAGUUCUGUGGCUGGUAGAAAGAUGGUUGGUCGGGGGAGCUGUUGGGUUUGGCUACUCUCAUUCUCUCUAGAAACUUGCCUCCAAGGAUACCUGCAUUUCUGCUCCACACACACACACACAGAGUAUAUAUAUUAUGGUGAAGGACUGUGGUUUAAUAGAGAUUACCUCUGUGGUGGUUCAAAUAUGGC